GACAUUUUACGCCACCGUCACUCUAACUCUACUUACCCCAUCUUCUCAUAUCUGAACCGACCCACAAUUUCAGAAUACACUAUUAUGGCAGAUGCUUUGGAUCCGAAUGAUGUUUUGGAGCUUGCUGCGACGGCCAUCCGUCAGGACGACGGCGCGUCGCCCAGCCUGAAAACCCCCUACGAGGCUGUCGCUGUGAUCGGCCAUGCCUGCAUGACAGCCGUAGGCUUUCGACUCGUCGGACUGGGCGAGGACCACAAUCUUGAAAGCUCGACCGACAGCCCGCGUCUACCAGCCGACUGGAACGCGAGCACCAGCUUCGCCUUUCGCUACGCUCACUCCCAGUCCUCCAUGCAAUAUCUGCUCAAGGUCAGCCGACUGGGCAACAAGGCCGUGGUGCUAGCGCUGGCCCUGCGUGACGACAAGACGACUUCGUUCGACCUCCCCAUCCAAGACUACAUCUCCGAAUCCGCGCUCCCCUUGUCCUCCGCUGCCGAUCUCCCCAGCGCCCUCAGAGAAACCUUCAUCUCGCCCCCGCGGGUCCGAGAUCUGAUCAACCUAUUCAAAAUCAAUGUCAUCCAGAAACUCGCCCCGGGGCUAUACAAGGAAGGAUACGAGGAUACUGGCCGCCAGUUGCGGGAGGUGCAACAGGAGCGGCCACCGCGACACGACCCUCUCCGGGACGAUUCCCUCCCCCAACCUGCUCGCCCUUAUCCGUUCGACGACCCUCUAGCCGUACCUCCUCGCCGGCCGAUCCCAGCCGGAGACUUCCCUCCACCGGGCUUCGAGGAUGAGUUCGAGAUCCAGAGACCUCCUCGAGGAUACCAAGGAAUGGGCGGUCGGAACCCACUGAGCAUCGGCGAUCGGGAUCUCUAUCCAGCAGGUCUGGGUCCCCAUGAUCCGAUUUAUGGUGGCGUUGGCCCGGGGCUUGUGGGAGGCGGCGGGGGUGGGAUGCAUCCGACCUUCGAUGAUCCCCUCUUUGCCGGACGGCGAGGUGGAGGAGGAAGAGGAGGCUACGAUCCUCAAGCUCCUCCAGGAGCACGAUAUGAUCCUGUUGGACCCGGGGAUGGCGCACCGUUUGGACAAGGGGGGCGGGGACCAUCCUUCGGCGGACGCGGAGGAGGAUUCGGCGGGUUUGGCGGGUUUGGCGGCGGUGACAUCAUCUAAACCACACUUCGGCCCAAAAUUAUUGGAGGGGAGAGGAGGGGAGGGGGAAAGACGUUGUCCACAUGUAGUAUGACUUAAUGACGAAAAUGCUCCACGGGAAUGACUGGCCAUUAUGGAAAUGAAUGAAUGCUAUCG